AUGCCAUCUUUUGGAAACUCUCAUAAAAUGUCUACAACAGUUGAACCUACUGUGUGCCUCUCCUCAUGGCCAAAAAAGACUCGAAAGUCAACAAUGAAACCAUGUCCUAUCUACACCAAAAACAUCAUACCAUCAUCAAAUGAAAACUCUCCUAACCGAGAAAUUGUAUUAUCUCCUUUGCCUUCAGGGCAUCUUGAAAUUGCAAAUAAAUUUUGGCAGUUUAAAGUUGAAGAAGGUCUAAUUACCUACGUACGGUAUGGUAGUAUUCGGUCUGACGGUAGUCUCAAGGAGCGAGCCAUACACGUUCAACAUCAUUCAAGCUAUCUUGAUGCAAAAAAAUUUGUUGAAAAUUUAGUUGAUGAAAAAAUCAAAGCCGGUUAUGUUGGUUGGUCACGUUGGUAA